UGGCUCGCAGCGGGUGAUGGUCCAGGUGCCCCAUUCCUGGAGGCCAGGUGAGAUGAGGCAUCCUGGUGGUGUGCUGUGAAGUCGGGCUGAGCCCCGCCCCCCAGGGACAGCAGGAAGGCCAAGAGGUCCCUGGGGGCCUGCCAGCCCACUGAACUACAGCCUACACCCCAGACUCAAGGCGUUCCUAAGCCUGGACUUCUAACCUUCCUUUCAACGCUGGGGGCUUCCUCUGGCCUGCAUGGUGUCAAGGUCACAAUCAAUGUCCACUGUCUGGCCUGCAGAGACCAGGGCCCAGGGACACUCAGCCCCCAUAACGGCCCGCUUCCUCCCAGCAGCUCCACCCCCUCCAUGACCCACAGCCUGGGUGGCCUGGACUGCGCCACCCAGGAGACUGGUCUGACAGCAUUCCACCUCCCGGGAUAAAACCUGAGGCCCCUGCGGGAAUCCUGCCACCCUGCCACCCUGCCACUGCCCCACCCAUCACAGCUGGCACAGCCGGCACAGCCCUCAGGUCCGGGCCCUGGACAUUGCCGCCUGGUGGGUCUGCAGUCCCUUCCAGCCAUGGUGGUUUCUAGAACUUUCGGAGCCCUGGAUGGGGGCUGUCUCAGGAUCUUAGCCUCCCUCCUUCUCCUGGCGUUUCGGGCUACCCUCCCUGCGGCCAGGAUCCUUGAGCCCCCCGCCUGCGGGCAGCCCCAGCAGCUGAGCCGGAUCGUGGGCGGCCAGGACAGUGUGGACGCCGAGUGGCCGUGGAUUGUGAGCAUCCAGAAGAACAGCACCCACCACUGUGCCGGCUCCUUGCUCACCAGCCGCUGGGUGGUCACUGCCGCCCACUGCUUCAAGGGCCACCUGAGCAAGCCGUUCCUGUUCUCCGUGCUGCUGGGGGCCUGGCAGCUGGGCAGGCCAGGCCCCCGGUCCCAGCAGGUGGGGGUGGCCUGGGUGCUGCCCCACCCAGUGUACACCUGGAAGGAGGGUGCCCGGGCCGACAUCGCACUAGUGCGCCUUGAGCGGCCUGUGCUGUUCUCUGAACGAGUCCUGCCCAUCUGCUUGCCAGACACCUCGGUCCACCUCCCCGCAGACACCGACUGCUGGAUCGCAGGCUGGGGGAGCAUCCAGGAAGGAGUGCCCCUGCCCCACCCGCAGACCCUGCAGAAGCUCAGAGUACCUAUCAUCGACUCGGAAGUCUGCAGCCGCCUGUACUGGCGGGGUGCUGGGCAGGGCACCAUCACCGAGGACAUGCUGUGCGCAGGCUACCUGGAGGGGGAGCGGGAUGCGUGUCUGGGCGACUCCGGGGGCCCCCUCAUGUGCCAGGUGGAGAACGCCUGGGUGCUGGCCGGCAUCAUCAGCUGGGGAGAGGGCUGUGCGGAGCGCGACCGUCCAGGCGUCUAUACCAGCCUCCUUGCACACCGCUCCUGGGUGGAGAGGAUCGUGCCGGGCGCGCAGCUCCGCGGGCGCUCGGCCGGGCUGCGUGGGGCGCCAGGCCCGGGCUCCGUGGGCCGCUGAGCGGAGCCCUGCUGGAAACACUCCGUCUACCUCUGGGGGCGCCCACGAGCCGUUCGCGCAGUGUGGGGGAGGAGCCUCGCCGGCCCCGCCCCGCGCCAGGCCAC